GUCAUUUAAUCAUAACAAAGCGAAAUCUGUCUUCCGCAUCCAUCCUCUCUUCUCCAGGUUGUAGAGGAAAGGCUCUGAUAAAUCUGUUCGUACAAACCCUAAUUAUCCGAACAUCGUCUGUAAUUAAACAAAAUUUCUGCUUCUCGAUAUCUAUUUAUCUUCGAUUUUCGUUGUGUUUUUGGCUUCCGAUCGACUUUGAAUGCGAAAUAAGCAUGCCGCCGAAGCAAGCGAAGGCCGACUUAGCGAAGAAGCAGAAGGUCGUUGAGGACAAGACGUUUGGUCUGAAGAACAAGAAUAAGAGCAAAAACGUUCAGAAAUAUGUUCAGAAUCUCAAGCAAGCUGUCCAGCCAAAAGUCGACCCGAAAGUAGCUGCCAAGAAAAAGAAGGAGGAAGAAAAAGCUAAAGAGAAGGAGUUGAAUGACUUGUUUAAGAUUGCCGUUAGUCAGCCAAAAGUACCCGUUGGUGUUGAUCCCAAGUCCAUAGUUUGUGAGUAUUUUAAAGUGGGGCAAUGUACGAAAGGUUUUAAAUGCAAGUUUUCUCAUGAUUUGAAUGUCCAGAGGAAGGGUGAAAAGAUUGAUAUUUAUAGCGAUAAGCGUGAUGAAGAAACGAUGGAGGAUUGGGAUCAAGAAACAUUGGAGAAGGUCGUCGAAUCAAAGAAGAAUGAGUAUAAACUCAAUAAACCAACUGAGAUUGUCUGCAAGUAUUUUCUGGAGGCAGUAGAAAAGAAGCAGUAUGGCUGGUUCUGGGUGUGUCCUAAUGGUGGAAAAGAUUGCCACUAUAGACAUGCUCUUCCUCCAGGAUAUAUUUUGAAGUCACAAAUGAAGGAACUGCUCGAAGAGGAGAGUCAAAAGAUUGCCAUAGAGGAAGAGAUUGAGAAUGAGCGUGCAAAAGUUAAAACCACUACUCCCAUUACUCCGGAGCUUUUCUUUCAAUGGAAGAAGAAAAAGAUGGAUGAAAGAGAUGCUGGUUUGGCCGCACAACAAGCAGAGAGAGCUAAGAAUGACCGCAUGAGUGGUCGGGAGUUGUUUCUUGCAAAUGCAAGCUUGUUUGUGGAUGACGCCGAGGCGUAUGAAAAAUAUCAGCGAGAAGAACCUGAAGCUGACGAUGAACAAAAGGCCAAGGAUAAUUCAACGGGUAGACCCACUACCUCAACAAGUGCUGUGGAUGAUUCUGAGGAUGUUCUCUUGGAUGAUGACGACGACGACGAACUAGACCUUGACGAGCUGAACGAGCUCGAGGCAAGUUUAUCUAGAACGUCAAUUCAGAUCCGGGAGCCAGGUAUCGAGCCCUCUUGAGACAUUUGUUCAUUACUGCGGAGUAUGUGUUUGUAAUUUGGUAAAGAAUUGAAGAACAUAAUGGAUUUGAGUUUAUGUUCUCUUAUUUAGAAGGGGAAUGACUCCAAUGGUUGCCAUAUAACAUAUUCAAAUUUUGACUCCAUGUUCUUCUGUUUGCCCCUUUAGCCUCAGUGUAAACAAGCUAUUACUGGUUUGCAAUAAUUUCAACUCUA